CCUCCUCUGUUCCUGUUCCUCUUCACCACCGCCUUCUUCUGCUCUUCUCCAUCAACUCCUUCUGCAAUGGCCUCCGCAAACGGUUCCUCGGCUGAGCGCAAGCACGCUAAGAGCCAGAGCACCUUCCAAUUCGAAAACACCUCCACCGCCAUCGCCGCCAGUCAGAUGCGCAAUGCCCUCAACAAGCUCGCCGACACCGUUCCUGACCCAAAGAUGCGCAAGCAAUUCGAGACCCAAAUGGACGCCUUCUUCUCCCUCUUCCGCCGGUAUCUCACCGACAAGGCCAAGGGAACCGCCGUCGACUGGGACCAUAUCAACCCCCCCAACCCCGAGCAGGUCAUUGCCUACGAUGAGCUCGCCGAGGACAUCCAGACCGAGUUCCUCUCCAAGCUCGUCGUUCUCAAGCUCAACGGUGGUCUUGGAACCUCAAUGGGCUGCGUCGGUCCCAAAUCAGUCAUCGAGGUUCGCGAAGGCCAGUCCUUCCUCGACCUUGCCGUCCGCCAAAUUGAGUUCUUGAACGACACCUACAAGGUCAACGUGCCCUUUGUGCUCAUGAACUCCUUCAACACCGACGACGACACGCAGUCCAUCAUCAAGAAGUACGAGGGUCACAACGUCGAGAUUAUCACCUUUAACCAGUCUCAAUACCCUCGUGUCUACAAGGACUCCCUUCUCCCCGUCCCCAAGGACAUCUCGGCUCCCAUUGACUCGUGGUACCCUCCCGGACACGGUGACUUGUUUGAGUCGAUCGAGAACUCUGGAGUUCUUGACGAGCUCAUCGCCCGCGGAAAGGAGGUCCUCUUUGUCUCCAACUCUGACAACCUCGGCGCUGUCGUCGACUUCAAGAUCCUCAACCACAUGGUCGAGUCCAAGUCGGAGUACAUCAUGGAGCUGACCGACAAGACGCGUGCUGAUGUCAAGGGUGGUACCAUCAUCGACUACGAGGGCUCUGUCCGACUACUGGAGAUUGCGCAGGUUCCCAAGGACCAUACCGAGGACUUCAAGUCGAUCAAGAAGUUCAAGUACUUCAACACCAACAACAUCUGGAUCAACCUGAAGGCCAUGAAGCGCGUUGUCGAGAACAGCGAGCUCGAGCUCGAGAUCAUCCCGAACGCAAAGUCGAUCUCUGUCGGCAAGGGCGAGUCUGACGUUGGCGUUCUCCAGCUCGAGACCGCCGUCGGUGCCGCCAUCCGUCACUUCAAGGGCGCCCACGGUGUCAACGUUCCCCGUCGCCGAUUCUUGCCCGUCAAGACUUGCUCCGAUCUCAUGCUCGUCAAGUCGGAUCUGUACUCGCUUGCCCACGGCGCUCUCGAGAUCUCGCCUGGCCGAUUCGGUCCUGCUCCGUUGAUCAAGCUUGGAAGCCAUUUCAAGAAGGUUUCUGACUUCCAGAAGCGCAUUCCCUACAUUCCCAAGAUCGUCGAGCUUGACCAUCUUACGGUCACUGGUAAUGUUUCGCUUGGAAAGGGUGUCGUUUUGAAGGGAACUGUCAUUAUUGUCUGCUCGGACGGCCAGAAGAUUGAUAUUCCCAACGGCAGCAUUCUUGAAAACGUUGUCAUCACUGGCAACCUGUCUAUACUCGAGCAUUAAAUAGCGACUUCCAUUCUGCCUGGUUUGAAACCGUGGCAAGUGUUUUUUUCCCUUUCAGUUUUUUUUACCACUUUUGGUUGUACAUUUGAACGUUUGAUCAUUUUCUAUUCCUGCUGUAUGUGAAUUUUCCAUUUUCCUUUUUUUUUGUUGACUACUCUCUCUGAGAGAGCGGGUUGGUGUCCAUAGUUGAGUUUGGCCUUGGAGGCAAGUAAGUGUAUGAGUUUGUGACUAUUUUUCCUAAUGAAGGAAAAAAGAGUCUGAAAUUGGACAGUGUAGCAGUGAAGUCUAAGAUUAGUCCCAGAGAAUGAAUGGUUCUCGGGUUUUAUUUUGUAUUGCUGUUUUUGCGCCUGAAAUACAUGGCUGUGAACAAGAU